AUGCCGUUCGGGGGGCUGGCCGGGCUGAAGGAGCGGGUCCUCAAACCGGGGACGGAGGAGGUGAGGAGCACCAUGGGAGACUCCCUGGGGACUCUGCAGAAGAAAAUCGACGGCUCCAACGUGGAGCAGGAGGAGGUCCUGGAGCUGACGGAGGACGGGCGUCCGGUGGCAGCGGGGGCGGCGGGGGCCCAACGCCGGGCCCCGCUGUUCGACUGUGGCUGCUGUGGCUCGCCCAAGCGCUACAUCAUCGCCAUCCUCAGCGGCCUGGGCUUCUGCAUCUCCUUCGGCAUCCGCUGCAUCCUGGGCGUGGCCAUCGUGGAGAUGGUCAACAACAACACCGUCUACAUCAACGGGACGCCCGUCAUGCAGCCGGCGCAGUUUAACUGGGACCCCGAGACGGUCGGCCUGAUCCACGGCUCCUUCUUCUGGGGCUACAUCGUCACGCAGAUCCCCGGCGGAUUCAUCUCCAACAAGCUGGCAGCCAACAGGGUGUUUGGAGCGGCCAUUUUCCUCACGUCCAUGCUGAACAUGUUCAUCCCCUCGGCAGCGCGAGUGCACUACGGCUGCGUCCUGUUCGUCCGCGUCCUGCAGGGCCUGGUGGAGGGGGUUACCUACCCAGCAUGCCAUGGGAUGUGGAGCAAGUGGGCGCCGCCAUUGGAGAGAAGCCGGUUAGCAACCACGUCCUUCUGUGGGUCCUACGCAGGUGCAGUCAUUGCCAUGCCUUUGGCUGGGAUCCUAGUGCAGUAUGUGGGGUGGUCCUCGGUGUUCUACAUAUACGGGGUCUUUGGGAUGAUAUGGUACAUGUUCUGGCUCAUCCUGGCCUACGACAGUCCCGCUGUUCACCCCACCAUCAGCGAGGAGGAGAGGACCUACAUCGAGACCUCCAUCGGGGAGGGCGUCAGCCUGAUGAGCGCUACUGAGAAGUUCAAGACACCCUGGCGGCGUUUCUUCACCUCCAUGCCGGUGUACGCCAUCAUCGUGGCCAACUUCUGCCGCAGCUGGACCUUCUACCUGCUGCUCAUCAGCCAGCCUGCCUAUUUCGAGGAAGUCUUCGGCUUCCCCAUCAGCAAGGUAGGGCUCCUGUCGGCGGUCCCCCACAUGGUGAUGACCAUCGUCGUUCCCAUCGGCGGCCAGCUCGCCGACUUGCUGCGCAGCCGCAAGAUCCUCUCCACCACCACAGUGCGCAAGAUCAUGAACUGCGGAGGGUUCGGGAUGGAGGCUACGCUGCUGCUGGUCGUCGGGUUCUCACACACGAGGGGCGUGGCCAUCUCCUUCCUGGUUCUUGCCGUGGGCUUCAGCGGAUUUGCCAUCUCCGGUUUCAACGUGAAUCACCUGGACAUCGCUCCGCGCUACGCCAGCAUCCUGAUGGGAAUUUCCAACGGGGUGGGAACGCUGUCCGGAAUGGUGUGCCCGCUCAUCGUCGGAGCGCUGACCAAACACAAGACCCGUCUGGAGUGGCAGCACGUCUUCGUGAUCGCGGCCAUGGUCCACUACACGGGGGUCGUGUUCUACGCCAUCUUCGCGUCGGGCGAGAAGCAGGACUGGGCGGACCCUGAGGACGCAGCCGACGACCGGUGCGGCCUGGUGGACCAGGACGAGCUGGCGGAGGAGACCGAGCUCACGGGCGAAUCCGCCCUCGCCGCGGGGAAGAAGACGUCCUACGGCGCCACCUCCGCCAGCGCCGGCGGCCGCAAGCAGGGAUGGCGGAGUCAGAGGGGCGUCACCACGCAGCAGGAGGAGCAGGAGCCCUCGUACCACCAAGAGAACGGAAGCUUCUAGGCCCACCGCUGAACACUCUGGCCAAGCUUGCGUUCGAGGACAACCCAGAGGGCAAAGUUCAUCCCUGGUGGAUAUGAUCAAAACGAAGUACGAAGUCCCCCCUCCUGCCUAACCAAUAGCAAAAGGCAUGUCCCCAGACCACAAGGGUUUGAGAAUGAGGGAAAUUGAAGCUCACACCGAUCAGAGAUUUUACGACAAAUCUUUGUUUUUGUUUUGUUUCUCCCCCAAAAGAGUUAUUCUGUUUUUGUUUUAUUGGUCAUGUAUGAAUUUGGUCCUUUGGAAAGUAAAUCUUGUAGUUCCAAAAUUCAGAUUAAUAACAUUUUAUUAGAAAAGCAAAAAGAAUCUCUUUUACAGGAUGAAACAUACCGAGUAAAAGCAAGGCUGGUCAAUUCCAAUACAGUGCUGUUCAAGCACCAGCUUUACAACCCUUACUCAGAACAACAUGUACCAAUAAGGUGGCAGGUAACCACACGGUCAUUGUUACCUCUGUAUGCAUUAUAUACUCCCCCUCCCCCCCUCAAUGAAAAUUAACACUGCCAGACUCCUGGAGAAAAGAUUGAAGCUCUGCAAAUUUGCAAAAGGUGGUUUGUGUUUUUCCUAAGUUGGAGAAAGCAUUUCUGAAUAAUGAAACUAGUUUGCCUUUCUGUUUUUGACAAAAUUAGGCACAAUACAUAUAAGAAAAUAACAAAUUUUGCGUCUACACAUCACAGUAGAUUCCUGUUAUAUUUAUUAAAAUAUUUAUUAAAAGAUUGGAAAGAAGCAUACAGAACUAAAUUCAGACAAUAUUUGAAGACUACUAAAUUGGAGUGAAAUGCUAGCUAAACCUUAGUAAGGAGUUAUUAGUUAGCUAUGCAAUGAAGAGAUUUGGAAAUAUAAUAUCAUAUUUUUCCCAACUAGUCAAGUUAUGAAUCCUCAGAAGGCUUAAACAAACAUGUAAAAAAUCACAAAAGCAAUCGCAUAGAUAAAACGUAGACAAAAAUACACAAAAGACCUAUUAUUACUUAGCUGAUAUUAAUUCUGCGUUGCAUAACUAUCCAUUUGAAAAUUGCAUGGCAGAGAACACGUGUAAAAGUCACCUUAUGGCUUUCCACUGCAGUCCUGGUUCAUUAGGUGCUCUUUUUUGAUUUCAGUCCAUUUUAACGUAGUUUUACUUCAAAUGUACAUGAUCUCAGUGAAUUACACAGUUUAGAAGAAGUACUUGGGAUGGCCUUUAGAACAAAAUAAUAAUAAUAAUAAUAAUAAUAAUAAACAUUUAAAAGGACUAAUUAUCAAUUAUUCAACUUAUUUGAUAUGCUUACCUUUUGCCAUAUUUGACAAAUUUCAGGCCCAGAUUCAACAUACCCACAAUGCAUUUGUCCUCUCAGCUCUUUUAUGCUUCUUCCCCCUUCAUCCUCCCGAUUCUGAAGGUCCAGUCAUGCCCACGUUGUAGCACUGACUGCAGCCUCCAUUUUCCAUUCGGGAGGGUGCGAACGAGCACGCGCUGUCCUCCAAACCAAGGCUGUGUCUGAAUCAGCCUCCUACUGAGGGGGCGUAGCUAGGAACUCUGGGUGUCCUGAAAGAAUAUUGCUCUGGGCACCCCCCUUUUUUAAUAAAACAAUUCACAUUUUUUUAGCUGUGGGCCCACAGAGUUGGCAGCUCAACAAUUGAGCUUGUAGGAGCCAGGUCAACCAGUAGGGGUCACUGUAAAUUAAGCUAUCAUCUCGGCUGACUAAACCCCUUCUGUUCCUGGCUGACACUAGAGCCGGUAGUGCCCUACACUGUGGGUCUGCCAGCUCCAGUCAGCGCUGGCACAACCCAGAUUCAACACCAGAACCAGGGGGGGCAUCCAUUCACUAGAACAGUGCCUUAACAGGGCGAGCUGUCCAGCAGCCUGAGCUAUGAGCUUUAAUUAUGAAAAGAAUUUUGUUUUUCUUUUGUUACUUUUGUGCAGUAUUUUGUUAAUUUUAGGGAUUGCCACCGUGAUUGUGCAAUAAAAACAAACGAACAAAAAAAACCUUGAUUUCUCCACUCAAAGUUACAUGAUGAAAUGCCUUUGGGGAUUGAUUGAAUCUGGGCCUAUAUUUGUGUAUGAAACUGCAAAAAGUGUGGAUUAAGUUGGUUUGUGUUAUAUUGUCACACAAUCACACAAUGCAGUUAAAAGAAGCAAUGCAACCUAAUUCCCAUUUACAUGAAGUAGAAUUGCUCAAGGUAAGACAUCACAACAGCGAAGAACAUUAUAUUAUUGUGCGAGAAAUAAGAAAAACAUAUCAUUGCUAUUUUGUACAGGAUAAAUUUAUUUUUGAAGUGCACUUUGUUGUUUGGGGAGUUUGUUGAUUUAAAAUAUGCACUUUACUGUAAUCAGGCAUGCCAGCUUUGUACAUGUUAUUUGUCCGUACUGAAAAUAUAUUCAUUUUUUAGUACUGUUCCCAUCCAA